AUGCUAUCACAGGAAACUUGCGAUACUGUAAAGGCCACUGUAGGAGUCUUAGAGCAGCAUGGCACCACCAUCACUUCAGUGUUUUAUCAUAAUAUGCUUUCAGAGCAUGAAGAACUGAAAAAUGUUUUUAAUGACACCAACCAAACGAGAGGCGUACAAUCAACAGCACUAGCAGCUACCGUACUAGCAGCUGCAAAAAGCAUCGAAAAUUUGGAGACACUGCUAACCCAGGUCGUGCAGAUUGGUCACAAACAUCGUGCUCUGCAAGUAAAGCCCGAACACUAUCCCAUUGUGGGAAAGUACCUUCUUGGUGCUAUUAAGGAAGUUUUAGGCGAUGCUGCGUCUCCAGAGAUCAUGAAUGCGUGGGCAGAAGCUUAUGAUGCAAUCGCCAAAAUACUUAUCAGUGUGGAAGCGGGUUUAUACAAGGAAGCAAAGUGGGAUGGAUGGAAGGCUUUUGUAGUGACUGAUAGAGAAAUCGAAGGGGAAAAUAAUGUUGUGUUUACAGUCAAGCCAGCGAAAGAAUCUGGCCUAGAUCUAGGCCAUAUCUCCUAUGUGCCAGGUCAGUAUACGACAGUCAAGGUCCACCCCACCAGCAACGACGCUCUGCGCCAUUAUUCUAUUUGUUCAUCCACUGCUUCUAAGGGUCUCAAGUUUGCUGUCAAAAGAGACAUCAAUGGCCGAAACAAGGGCCUCGUAUCGACGUAUUUGUUUGAUAGGAUUAGAGUAGGAAAUCAGAUAAUGCUCUCCGCCCCUGCCGGAGACUUUGCGCUUGACAAGAAGCUCAUUGAGCAGAAUGAUUUUCCAUUGGUGUUUUUAAGCUCAGGUAUUGGGGCAACUCCGCUUGUUGCCAUGAUGGAACAGCAAGUUGAAACAAACUCCGCGAGGCCACUUGUGUGGAUCCAGUCAUCCUUCAACGAAAAAAAUCAGCCAUUUGGGUCAUAUGUCAACGCGUUGCUGCGACAAUGCAGUAAAGCUACAUCUCAUGCUAUUCACACUGAAACAAUGCCGCGCAUUUCCUCGGAAACGUUGUCAGAAAAUAUUCCCUCGGACGCUGACAUUUAUUUAUGUGGCUCGGAGAAGUUCGUAUCUGAUAUGUUAGAGCUUUUGUCAAAGCUAGGAUUUAGUAAAGACACGAUCCAUUACGAGCCUUUUGGACCGAAAAUGGCGAUACCUUUGUAA